GGGACCUCUCAGAUUGUGGUAGCAGUCCGUCGGUCAUCUCCAAGUGGAAAAUAUAAGGUCGUAAAAUAGAAAAGACGUCAUUUCGACAUCGAAAUGUCGAAACAUUGACGUCAAAAUUACAUCGAAAAAUCAAAGUGAUCAAAGUCAUCGGUAUCAAAGUUUUCGGCAUCGAAAUAAAAUCAAAGAUUAAUCUAGAAAUGGUAAACGUUAAUAUACGAAAACUUACUCAACAACAGCAUUAAUUUUUCGUAAGUUGAGAUAUAACCGUCCAAUGGUGAUGUCAUAGAUAUUGUCGGAUCAAUUAUCACUGUUUGUCUAGGUGGAAAGUGCUUCUAGAUUCCUUAGUCUAAAAGCAGAUAAAAUACUUUUAUCUCGAGCGAUUAAAGCCAACUGUUCGGGACAAAUAGGUGACUCGAAGAUAUAUGUUGGAAGGAGGUUUCCACACAGCAUUUUACAUUUCAAAUACACAAAAGAUGGCUGAUCGUUUAGACAUAGUAAUAUUUGGUGCCACUGGAUACACUGGAAAAUAUGUAGUGAAGCAUGCGACACAUAUAUGCAAGGAGCAGAAUGUGAAAUUUGGUAUUGCUGGUCGCAGGAAGGAAGCUUUACAGGCGGUCGUUAAAGAAUUUGCUUCAGAUAUUGAGAAUGUACCCAUUAUUCUGGCUGACAUAAAAGAUGAGGAAUCUCUCAGAAAAAUGACAAAGCAAGCAAGAGUACUCAUUAAUUGUUGUGGCCCAUAUGGACUUUAUGGAGAACCAGUUGUUAAAGCGUGCAUUGCUACUCGCACUCAUCACAUUGACGUAACUGCUGAAGAUGAGUUUCCGGCAAAAAUAGAAUUAGAAUGCAACCAGGCAGCACAAGAAGCUGGCAUUUACGUAGUAAGCGCUUGUGGUAGUAUCUGUAUUCCUAGCGAUUUAGGAAUCAUUUUCACACAACAGAAAUUUGAUGGAGAAAUCAAUUCUGUCGAAGUAUACAUGAAGUUUUGGUCACACAGCACCGACAAGGAAAGCCCAGUUUUGAAUCAUACUUCUUGGGACACUAUGAUAUACAAUUUUGCAGCUCGAAGCAAAUUACAGGAAUUACAUACUAAGUUGUGUCCUACCAAACUACCCAAAUUUACGCCGCAAUUAACAUCAAAAAGUAUGCCACACCGAAGCGAUGUUUCGGAAGGAUGGUCUCUACCGUAUGUGGGUCCUGAUCACAGUCUAGCUCUUCGUACACAGCGAUUCUUAUAUGACAAGUACAAAGAGAGGCCUGCGCAAGUUCAAAUUUACGUCACGUUCAAGUCUUUCUUUGAUGUUCUAAUAACUUACAUUGCCCUCAUGAUUAUAUUAUGCAUGUGUCGCACAGAGUACACUCGUAAUUUACUUCUAAAAUAUCCGUCUCUAUUUUCGUACGGUAUGGCGAGCAAUGAGAGAGUUGAACCGGGAAUGCUGAAAUCGGUUUGUUUUUCUAUGAUAUUCAAAGCCUAUGGAUGGACUGAAAAGUUAGCUGAACCAACCGACGAACACACAGAUCGACCUAAUAAGAAAGUAAUCACCAAGUUGAGCAGUGAUUUUUCAGGAUAUGAUUUUUCUGGCAUCGUAACGAUCUUAUCGGCAAUUACGAUUCUUAAUGAAGCUGACAAAAUGCCUGACAAUGGAGGAGUGUUUACUCCUGGUGCUGCAUUUGGUAAAACAUCUAUAAUCCAGCAAAUAAGCGAUCAUAAUAUUAAAUUCGAGGUGAUAUCAUCUACCGUAGAAUGAGAUAAAUACGAAAAUCCUAUACAUUCCUCAUUAACAACCCACAUAGCCAAAUCUGUCAGAGCAGAUUUCGUCAAAUACCCACUACAAGUUUUGAAGGCAGAAAGACUGCAGGUUGCCUACGGGAUCUGAUAUCAUCAUAUGAUGUCGGCAGAACAUCAACAAAAAUAUAUCAAAGCUUGAUAACAUUUUUAGGCAGCAGAAAUUUAUUGAGCAGACCCUGCCGAAACUUAGCGACAGAUUGCAGCAGGAACCAAGUACAAUAGAAUCUACUGACAUAACUUGUCGACAGGUUGGUAGCAAACUGUUGUUUGCUGGCGCUUUAUAUUGUUAACGAUCCCGCUAGAUGGACGCGCGGCAUGACACUUUCUAGCAAGAAGAAAACCAUACGCGAUAUAAUAAAUUAUAAUAACACAUCCACAUGAGAUUCUUUGAUCAUCUUUUUGGUACUGAAGUGAUGUAUAUUUCUUGCCAUAAAUUUUCUCAAAUAAUUGGAUAAAAUGUUACAACAGUUUCUCUGCAUAAUCUACAUUGUUUUUAUUUACUAUUAGCGUUGAACUUAUGAGUAUUGAUAGAGCUAAAUGUAAAGCCAAAAAGUGUGUAUAUACGUAUCUAUUUAAACAUGUUUUUAAAACAAUUGGUCCAGUAUAAAGUAAAAAUUGCUUAAAUUCCAUAACUUCCCGGUAUGCUAUUUUAUUCAAACUUCGAGGUCUCCUUCAAAAUUCUUUGGGCAUUGUACUUCCUAAAUCAACAAGUGUUUGAAUAAUUUAAUUUUUUGCUUGAGCAUUAAUGCGAACAGCUAGUGGUCCACUCAUUCAUUUUUUUACUACUUCCAAACAAAUCAAGUGCAUGUAGUUAAGAGCAACGUUCGACACUAAUCCUAAAUUAGUCACAGACAGCAAACUUGUAGGUUCUCCUUGAUGAUAGUCAGAGUCUCUUUGAGGUAUAAACUCCUCAUUAGUUCUGAGUGCACUUGAUCUUUUUUUUCAUAAGGAAAGCACAUUUUGAAGUUAACGUAAUCUCCAUAAAUCGUACAUUUAGCACAGCUCGAGUAGCCAUUAUGCCCUGUAAUAUUUAAAAUAAAAGAUUUUGCGGGAGGCCAUCACAAACGAUGGCCUUAAUAGUAACUUUAAUAUUACAGUUAAACGGAUGAAUAAUAUAUUAUAAGUAAAAACCUGUUUGUACUAAUAGUAUUAAUUUUGACACAGAUUGUAAGAGUUUAUUGGCAUUUUUUUUAGUUUUGUUGACCAUAAAACAGCCCGACUAUACAUAUAUGCACUUGAUUUAAAAUAUUGUCUAAAAGUAGAAUACUGGCCAGAAACUACUGACCUUGGAUAUAUGGCAAACCAUCGAUGUUAAUUAAUGAAUUAAUAUCAGAUACUUUCAAAGACAUACUUUUGUAAUGCAGCAGAAGUACUCUCAAAGUGUUCGAUACACUAAAGUGGUAAUAGGAUCCUCUGGAUAAUGUAAUUGUUUCAGCAGCGGUUUUAGAAGCGCAUUUGGCAAAGUUUUAAAUUGUGAAUGUGGAACAUGCCUCAGAAUUUCCAUAAGAGCAUUAAUUGCAUUAAGCCUAAUUUUAAAUUCAAAAGACCAUGAUUACGAAGAUUGCGCAACAAUUCGUUGUUGCGCAAUCUUCGUAAACUUGUCUAUAAUGCCAUCUCUAUCCUUAAUAUAUUCAAUAUUCAUAUCAUCUGCAUGUACGAUAAUUAUUGAAUAUAUCCACGCGUCUUAAUUACAUUUUAAAGUCAAACAAGCGCCAAUCCGUUGGAAUCUGAAGACUAUAAAAUUAUCGUGUGUCGUAAACUAUGUUAAGUUACAGCCCAAGGAGAACAAAAAGUCAGGAUGAUGCCAAUUUGCUGUCUAUUUGCAUACGGCUUUGCAAAAACUUCCAAUUAUACCUUUGCAUAAAACACAGGAAUAGAAUAAUGCAUAGCGCUGAUAAUGACUCUCCGUACCCAGCCUUGACAGCUGUGAGUUUAUUCUUGCCAGGUGGCAAGCAUAAUUUUAGACAUGUUUUAUUAUGACAUAAUGAUCACAUCCAUGACACAUAUCUGACUUACAAAACGCGAUAGUUGAUUGUUGUAAAUGUCUGAUUAUCAGGGAAUGCAAAAAUAACAGUAAAAUCUAAUAUCACAGUUUGUCCUCAAGAACAUGUUACAUUGUACUCACAACAUGUGUCAUCAUGAUAUGAUUACGAAAAAUGGGACAAAUGUCUAUCAGUAUUAGGAAAUCAUGACGUGAUGAAAUAUGAUUAUUACGCGUUGUUAUCUGGGGAGUUAAAUAUCAGUUAUCUCAAGACUUGUUACAUUCCUUGGGUGCAUAUGGAAUUUAAUCGUCGACCUCGAUUUUUUAAUAAAAUCUCGAAAUAUAAAGCAAUGGACUUGCGACGUAUCCUAUUGUACGACGAUAUACGAAUCUUUAAGAACACUUUACCUCCAAACGCGUAUAAGAAUUAUUUACUUCCCCAUAGUGGAAUAUAUGUAUAUACUGUCCAGUCCAACUCCAGUGCAAUAUAAAUUCAAUGUAAAUAAAAGUCAUUUUUAAGUUAUCUGAAAUUAAGAUUUUUAAUCAUGACCAAAAGAAUGACGUAAAUUUGGUCAAUAUGACGUCAACUUGACAAUAUUUUGACUUUUCUGUUCUCCUUGGAAACGAUCUGCCUAGAUGGACACGCGGCAUGACACUUUCGCGUAAGAAGAAAACCACACUCGGUAUUAUAAAUUAACACCUCCGCAUGAGAUUAUUUCAUCUUCUUUCUGAUAGUGGAGUGAGCUCUCUUGUCUACGAGUGUGUAGAAACCUUAAUACUUAAUAUUAGUGUUACGCUCUUUUGUAAUAAAAGGAACGAAAACGGAAGAAAUAGAAACGGCGAUUCUGCCCAGUUUCUACUGCCAAUCCUGCCCUCAAAUUGUGCCGCGCGGAUCCCGCUUGAUUUCUGUUACCAAUCUUUCGUCAAACGCUACGCAGAUCCUGCUCGGUUUCUGUUACCAAUCUGUUAACAACGUAUGUUUUAUAAACCCUGUGACCGAAACAAGAACCAAAUGCGGAUACAGAUGGCUACGGUUUUGGUAUGGGUUUCUGAUUGAAUUGGCUGCCAAUCUGAUGUCAAUCUGCUAACAUUUUGUUGACUGGGAAGGUUCUUUUAAAACAUUUUAUUAUUACACUUUAUUAUUUGACUUUGAUAUUAAAAUUUGUAUAAUGUUUAAGUAAGGUUUAUGCUGUGCUUUUAUAUCUCAAGAGGAAGUUAUUUAUAAGAUAUAAGUUAUAUCUACACCUAUAUCUAUUAUGUUUAUAAAAUACGGUUUAUACUAUGGUUCAUACUAAGGUUGAAUGCAAUUAUGUAGAAAAAGAAAGCAUCACUGUCGUGUAUUAAUAUUAAGUUACUUGAAAUUCACAUUUAAUUGUCGGUUUUAUCUGUUAAUACAAAUAAGGAUAAAUAAAUCUUAUAGUAGAGUGA